AUACCACAUGCCUCCAGUAGUAUUCUGGGAAAGUUUGAUCACAUUUGGACAAAUGGACUAGGAGAUGAUGUUGUUUUUCUUCAAACGGACGUUUCGUUUUUUUUCUCUGUUAACUUUGAGCCCACCCUCCAUUUUCUUUCUGGAUUCGCCACUGCUAUCACUCAUGAUAAAUAUAGUGACGAGAACCUAACUGUCCUGCCGAUUGUUGGUUCGGGUGGCAUAGGGAAGACAACUCUUAUACAACACAUAUAUAACAGCCAAGAAGUGAAAACACAUUUUCAGAUCAAGAUCUGGAUAUGUGUGUCCCAGAACUUCAUUGUUAAUAAGCUGAUUGAAGAGAUUGAAAAAGCUAUACCUAGUGUGGAAGGUGAAAAAAAGGGCAGCGCAGAAGAGCUCAUUGAACAAAGAUUAAAUUCUAAAAGACUUUUGCUUAUAUUAGAUGAUAUAUGGAAGUGUGAAUCUGAGGACUGGAAAAGGCUUUUAGUACCACUCACAAAAGGACAAGGAAAGGGUAAUGUAAUUCUAGUUACAACUCGGUUUCCAGCUGUAGCAGAAAUGGUUAAAACAACUGAUAAUUCAAUAGAGCUGGAGGGUUUAGAACAUGUUGAGUUUAGGAAAUUUUUUCGAGCAUGCAUAUUUGGCGAUGAGCAAUCACAAAAAGAUCAUGAUGGGUUGCUUAAUAUUGGAGAUAAGAUAGCAGAAAAGCUAAAGGGGUCCCCUCUUGCAGCGAAAACUGUAGGUAGAUUAUUGAGGAACCACCUUGAUGUGCAUCAUUGGACAAGAGUCCUAGAAAGUAGAGAAUGGGAAAUGCAGACCGGUGAGGGUGACAUUAUGCCUGCACUGAAACUUAGCUAUGAUUAUCUACCUUAUCAUCUGCGACAAUGUUUUUCUAGUUGUGCUUUGUUUCCUGAAGAUUACAAGUUUCACAGUGAAGAACUCAUUCAUUUCUGGAUAGGACUAGAUAUUUUACAUCCUGGUGGUCGAAAUAAAACAAUUGAAGAUGUAGGUCUGGACAAUCUAAAUGAUUUGGUGAACAGUGGAUUUUUCAAAAAAGAUGAAACCGAGGGGCAUUAUAUCAUCCAUGAUCUGUUGCAUGAUUUAGCUUUAAAGGUUGCAUCUCAUGAAUAUCUUAGUUUGCAUCACUCUAAUGUCAGAUCAAUAGAAAUUCGGCCAUCUAUCCGUCACUUGUCGAUCGCAAUAGAUGGUCUAGAUGAUAGUAAUGGGAUGACUGAUGAAAAUUUUAAGAGUGAGUUAAUGAAACUUAAGUCAAAAUUGAAGGUUGAAAACUUGCAAACAUUAAUUAUAUUUGGAGGAGGAGACAAAAGUUCUGUCAACAUUUUGGGUGAUUUGUUCAUGGAAGCAAAUGCUCUCCGUGUUCUUUGUUUGCCCACAUUAUCAUACCCCUUGGAAUCCAUUUUGCAUAACUUUUCAUCACUUCUGCACUUACGAUACCUAAAGCUAGGUACUUCUAUGAGCCAUAUGCAUUUACCAACGACUUUAUCUAGAUUUUAUCAUUUGAAGAUUUUGGACCUACAAAAAUGGUAUGGUUCUUUUCUGUUACCUAGAGACAUGAGUAACCUUGCAAAAUUAUGCCAUUUUCUCGCCCAAUAUGAUGAGCUUCUUUCGGGUAUUUAUAACGUGGGGAAAAUAAAACUCUUACAGGAGUUAAAGGCUUUUGCAGUCAAUAAGGAAAUCAAAGGGUUUGAACUCAAUCAACUAGAGCUUUUGACCGAGCUAAGGGAAGUUAGCAUUUAUAACCUUGAGAAGGUACACACGAAAGAAGAAGGGAUUGAAGCAAAACUAACACAGAAAGACUACUUGCACAAAUUGGCACUAGAUUGGGAUAGUGAGCGACCUAAUAGUGAGCCUGGCGCGGAAAUAGUGGUUCUUGAGAGCCUUCAACCACAUAGAAAUCUUCAGGAGCUGAGAAUUACAGGACACCGUGGCCAUUCUUGUCCAACAUGGCUGGGUGAUAACCUGGUCGUUCAGGCUCUACAAUCUCUCUCUCUCUUCUCUGUUUCUUGGGAUAUUUUUCCUUCAUUUGGGAAGAUGUGGAAUCUUCGUGAGCUAGUAUUGUCGAAUAUUUCCACAAUAAAGGAGUUUGAUCUAGAGCAAAGCUUUUGCAAGUUAGUAAAGAAGAUUACACUCACUGGCUUAGAAAAUUUUGAAAAAUGGGUACCACAGCCCACUCAUUUCUUCCCUCAUUUGCAAGUACUGAUUAUCACAGAUUGCUCUAAACUCUCAGAGUUGCCAUUUUCAAGCCACAUUGUUUACCCACUGAAACAAGACUGGAACAUAGAUUGGUUUCCCAUACUGCAAGUCUUGCUACUGCCUCCUAUCCCUUGGACCCAGUCUUUGUGCUCUGUCGUAAUAAGUGGUGUGGGAUCAGAACUACUGGACAAGUUGGUCUACUCAAAAUCAUCUUCUGGAGUAGCAUUGGAAGUUAAUGCAAAGGAUGGUCUGUAUAACUUAGACCAGGUGUUAUUAUUCAGUCAACUAACUGAACUUCAGGAGUUGAAGAUAAAAAAUUGCCCACCUUUGGAGCUGAAUUAUUUUCUAAUGCUAACCUCAUUGAAGGAAUUGUGGGCAUGGUCUUCAAAUCUUGGGGUGGUGGCAUCAGAAGUUCAGGGUGGUGUCGAAUGGCAGCAUCCUGUUGAGAACAUUAAAAUUUGGUUAUCUGAUUCCAGUGGAAAGGAAUUGACACAGUUCUUGUCUCACCUCCCAAAGCUAUCCAAACUGCAGGUAUAUUCUUGUAGAAACGUAACACAGUUUGUUGUGGGGGUGGAUUUGCAGCAAACAACAGCACCAGUAUCAUCGUCAACCUCUCCAGAUGUUACACAAGCAAAAGAUGAGCAGCAAGAAAUAGCAGAGGUGGAGAAGGAUGAUGGGCUGUUGGUCCUCCCUGCACAUCCCUCCAAUUCUCUGCGGGCGUUGAGCCUCAUCAGCUGUGAUGAUUCCGUAGUUCAUUCCCUCAAUGCCCUCCAAGGCCUAACUGCCCUUUGGUUACAAGAUUGCUCUUUUCGCCACCCUUUCCCAUCCUCCCUGCUACACCUGAAACUUUGGUCCGUAAAGGGCGUGCAGACGAUGGAGUCCCUUUCAAACCUCACCUCUCUCACCCGAUUACACAUAUCUGGUUGCGGAGAGGAUUUAAGAUGCGAGGGCCUGUUGCCUCUCCUUACUCGGGGCCACCUCAGCAGGUUAAAAGUCCGUCAAAGCCCCAAUUUCUUUGGUGGGUGGGAUCCCAAUCCCAUGCGGGGGAUGACAGAAUCCAAACUGCAGAAUCUCAUGACAGAUGACAUGGAGGGCUUCCUUGGUGCGCCCGCCCUCUGUAGCUUCCUCUCUUCCUCCCUCAUCGAUUUGUCCUUUAUUGGGAACGAUGAGAUGACACGCUUCACAAAGGAGCAGGAGGAGGCCUUUCAAUGCCUCACCUCGCUUCAGGAACUCAAGUUUUUGGGUUACCGCAAGCUGAAACACCUACCUGCAGGGCUAAACAAGCUGACCAAUCUUAAGAGAUUAAGGAUCUGGGGGUGUCGAGCCCUCCGUUCGCUGCCCAAGGAAGGCCUCCCGAGUUCACUACGAGAAUUAGAUGUCAGCAGGUGCGGCAACGAGAAGCUAACAAAGCAGUGCAGGCGGUUAAUGGGAACCAUCCCGAAAAUCAUACUAUAGGCUAAUCCAAGCUGGUCUCUCUGUUUGGAGUUGUGUAUUCUUCUACGUCCGUGGAAUUCUCUCCAUACAUGGACAGUGCCGCAUGAGGGUCUGGUGUGGUAUUUUCUUCAUGUACAUAAUAUAUGGUUUCCUUGUGUUUGUCAAGGAAACAAGUGAAGGGAGAAGAGAAAGUCCCCUCGCUUCAUCAAGUCGACAGACAGAGUCACGCAAGGUUGAACAUGAAAUUUGUACUUCAGUGUUAGUUCAGAGGAGCACUGGAUGCAGGGAUUUUGCAAAGAGCAGCAGUUUCAGAACACCGCAGUUUUGACAAAGGACCAUUUGAGUGCUGAAAACAGUGUUACCAUGGAACAUUGAUAGGUUGUACAACAGCGAUGCUCUCAGUGCUUGUUGUGGCUUUGACUUACGAGAACUAAGCACCGUGUUGCAUCAUCGAGGAGCUAGAACAGGAGCUAAUCAGGAACCAUCCUGAAAAUCAUACUAGAGUACUAGACUGAUCCAAGGUUCUCUGUCUUGGGAGUUGUACACUUUUUAGUCUUGUUGAAUCCUCCCCAUCCAUACAAAGUCUGCACAUGAGGAUCUUGUGUUGUAUCUUCUUACUGUACAUAGUACACAAAUCUGGUGUUCUUACGCUUGUUCUGGUUGGUUCUGAGAUACUUUGCAGUUACAUUUUGGUCGUCACUCAACAAGACUGGCUGGUGUACUUAGCUUGUUUGGCUGUGAGGAUCAUAAUGGUAGAAUAUAUAUUGCUGAGUUGCUACUGAAUAUAAGGACCUUUACAAGAAUACCCUUCAUACCAUCAUAGUGCUUGCGUGUUGCUUGGAGCCAGCCGAGAUCUCAGGCUAUCAUUAAUUGAUGUGGCCUGUGGACAAGUUUGGAAUUCAACAAUUAAGUAGUAGCAGAUCUGUGCAAAGGUUAGUAAACCCCCUGCUGAAAUUCACGAUUGCUUUAGCUAUGAUAGGUUGUAUUCAAAGUGGAAUUGUCAAACUCUUGUUACCUCAUGAGACUAAGGUUAGAGAACUUGGUGCUUUCUUGAUAUGUUGGCAGUCUAGCUUUUGAGCACGCUCAUAAUCUCUGAAUUCAUUGCUAUGCUGAAUUAAAUAACACAAGAGAGUUUUCAGCUGAUACAUAUAGUCGUAAAGGUAGAGAACACUUGUUACUAGGUGAUUGAUGAACAUUGAUUGAGCGAAAAGACUUGAGCUUGCUAAUUUUUAUUCAUGGAACCUGCUGAGUUGAGUAUGGUGAAGGUGAUUUUAUUCUCUUCUUGAUUUGGAGUAUUUUUUUUCUAUCCCACCAAUGCCAAAAAUAGAGCAGAUUCCAUGAGCCUUGAUUAUUGCAAUUUGAAUAUUUUUAGUGCGUAUUGUUAAGUUUGAUGUUCCUCUAGUCUGAAGUCUUUCAAAGCCAGUCAUUCUAUUCGCGUAACUUUACACUUCCUAGCCUCUUCACACGGCAUUGCAUUCCUUCAUAAGGAUAUCAUGAACAUUGCCAGUGUACAUAUACAAAUCCCGGAAAUUAAACCAUUGCCUUCCAUUUGUUCACACCAUACCUACCUAUAUAGUGCAUCACUCCUCACUGGGUAUUCCAUAGUAGUUGAUUAGUCCAUGAGCACAGUCAUCAAAGUUCAAGAAGACUCUAAAGCGCUUUAUUGCCAUCAACCCUGCAAAAUUCAUUAUUAUGAAGAGCUAUAUUCAUCAGCAUUGAUUCCUCUCUUAGAUACAAAUGGAAAAAAAUAAAUAAAGAAAAAGAGAGACGAGCACCAUGCAAAAGAUCAAAGAGUUCAUUCUCAAGCAGGACAAAAUAACCAGCAGCGCUUCCAUAUUCAUGUGCAGAUCAAUCAAACUACUACCUAUGCAUAUCGAUAACGGGAUCAUCACUCGCAUCUUGGGAUCACCAUACAUUGCAUAGGCCUCUCAAAUCAUUUCUUUGGCGUGAGUCCAUUCCCUCCCACAUACCCUGAUACUACUUUUUCCAAUGACUGGAAUGUGAAGACUUCUUUGUACUGGAGUUGAACUCUUAUUUAGCUUUACAAUCUAGAUUUCAGAUUUGCUCUUUUUUUGAUUUACCUUACCAAGCUCCAGAUAAGCUUUCCACAAAUAUAAAGUAGAUAGGGCUACUUGCCAGUGAGGACUAUAAUUAUGUGAUGAGAGUAACUCCAGAUCAUGACGAGGUAAUUUCACUAGAUACCUGCUCUUGGAAGAUUCACAAAGGAAUAAAAUUGUUGGCUACUCAUGUUUCCUUUUGUUCUUGACAUUGAAGUCAAACAACCAAGUGACUGGUGUUCGAAAACUUCUAUAGCUAUAUUGUUGAUGCUGUUCACUCUCAAAAAAAGGAAAUCUAUUCACUAUUGGCAAUGAAUAAGAGUAGUUAUUUAAGUGUGUGCUCAAUCGCUAGCUUGCUACUUAUUAAGUUUGUGGGAAGUGUCUCUGCCCGAAGUUCAUGAGGAUUUUAAUAAUUGUUUGCACAUGAACACUUGUUUGCAAUCUAGCUAUGCUAAGCUUUCAGGUAUUUCACAAGCACGUGGGAAAGUUGAAUCAGGAGCCUAAAUCAUCUGGCCUGCCACUGAUCGCGAUCUGAGACCUUUCUUUCUCGGGGGAAGAAUCUGAAAGGGAGAAGGCUGAGAUGAAUCAUACAGUAUCUUUUGUUUCUCUUUGUAGUCACUUGCUUCCUAACAAUGUUAUAAGCAAGAGAGAAUGGGGUUUCCCUGCCUGUUAUUUCCCUUCUAGCUUCAGUCUGUAGUAGGCUGUCAAUGAAUGGUACGGAAACAGGCCAAUUUUUUCAUUUGUUCUUCUAAGUGUGGACAUCAACAUUCAGUGUAAUGUGCAACAUCUUCAUAUCUGAAUCUAUGCUUGCAUGUCACAGUGGU